GUAAUUUCCAGAUAAGGGAUCCCAUACCUGUAUAAUAUCUGGAAGGCAAUAAAUCCAAUAUGCCAUCCAUCUUUCUCUAGGCAUUCCAAGUGAAUUGUAGGCAACACAGAAAUAUCUGCAUUAUGUUCUUUGUGUGUUUGUGUUCUAGAUUGCUAUGGAGUUUUGUGCUGGUGGGUCAAUAUAUGACUUAAUGGAGACCAAAAAGGAUUAUUCAUUAGGAGAGAGAUGGAUCUCCUAUAUCUGCAAGGGGGUUUUACAGGGCCUGUGUCAUCUACAAGACCUGAAAAUGAUCCACCAUGAUCUUAAACCCGAGAACCUCAUGUUAACCAGAUCUGCAGACAUAAAGAUAAUUGAUUUUGGCCUUGCCACUGUUGGAGAGACAAGCAUUAGCGUCGCUGGAACAGCGACAUAUAUGGCACCAGAAGUGUUUGCAUGCUGUCAAGACAACUAUGUUGAAUAUGAUAAUAAGGCCGAUGUGUGGUCGCUGGGUAUCAUAGCCAUUGAAAUGGCAGAAGGAAAUGCCCCACACAGCGAACUAACGGAAAUAAAAUUCAUCAAAAGAGUCAUUCAUGGUCCCCCUCCAAAAUUGACGUGGACCAGAUGGUGAGUUAUUUAAAUGAUAACAGUGAAUUAUGGGAGGUGGGGAAAUGAGAGAAUAUAUAAAGGUGAGAGAGGGGGAGAGGGUGGCAACAUUCUGCUUGCAGGUAAAUGCACCCU